AUGAGUACUCAGUUCUCUGCCAAAAUCGUGAAAUUCAUGACCUCGGGGUUUAACUUUCAGACCCAGGAGGACAAUGAAUUCUGUAUCAGUAACCAUUAUUACACAGAGGACAAUGAAUUCUGUGUCAGUAACCAUUAUUACACAGAGGACAAUGAAUUCUGUAUCAGAUACCAUUAUUACACAGAGGACAAUGAAUUCUGUAUCAGUAACCAUUAUUACACAGAGGACAAUGAAUUCUGUAUCAGUAACCAUUAUUACACAGAGGACAAUGAAUUCUGUGUCAGUAACGUUUAUUACACAGAGGACAAUGAAUUCUGUGUCAGUAACCAUUAUUACACAGAGGACAAUGAAUUCUGUGUCAGUAACCAUUAUUACACAGAGGACAAUGAAUUCUGUAUCAGAUACCAUUAUUACACAGAGGACAAUGAAUUCUGUAUCAGUAACCAUUAUUACACAGAGGACAAUGAAUUCUGUAUCAGUAACCAUUAUUACACAGAGGACAAUGAAUUCUGUGUCAGUAACGUUUAUUACACAGAGGACAAUGAAUUCUGUAUCAGUAACCAUUAUUACACAGAGGACAAUGAAUUCUGUGUCAGUAACCAUUAUUACACAGAGGACAAUGAAUUCUGUAUCAGAUACCAUUAUUACACAGAGGACAAUGAAUUCUGUAUCAGUAACCAUUAUUACACAGAGGACAAUGAAUUCUGUAUCAGUAACCAUUAUUACACAGAGGACAAUGAAUUCUGUAUCAGUAAGCAUUAUUACACAGAGGACAAUGAAUCCUGUAUCAGGUACCAUUAUUACACAGAGGACAAUGAAUCCUGUAUCAGUAACCAUUAUUACACAGAGGACAAUGAAUUCUGUAUCAGUAACCAUUAUUACACAGAGGACAAUGAAUUCUGUAUCAGUAACCAUUAUUACACAGAGGACAAUGAAUCCUGUAGUAACCAUUAUUACACAGAGGACAAUGAAUUCUGUAUCAGUAACCAUUAUUACACAGAGGACAAUGAAUUCUGUAUCAGUAACCAUUAUUACACAGAGGACAAUGAAUUCUGUAUCAGUAACCAUUAUUACACAGAGGACAAUGAAUUCUGUAUCAGUAACCAUUAUUACACAGAGGACAAUGAAUUCUGUAUCAGUAACCAUUAUUACACAGAGGACAAUGAAUUCUGUAUCAGUAACCAUUAUUACACAGAGGACAAUGAAUUCUGUAUCAGUAACCAUUAUUACACAGAGGACAAUGAAUUCUGUAUCAGUAAGCAUUAUUACACAGAGGACAAUGAAUUCUGUAUCAGUAACCAUUAUUACACAGAGGACAAUGAAUUCUGUAACUGUAGCAGCAUAAACAGAAUAGGCAUUCCACAGUGCAAUCCGAAGGAUUAUAAAGGGUUUGGGAAAGAGGGACAGGAUUUUAAGGGGUUUGAAAAAGAGGAGCAGAAUUUUAAGAGGUUUGGAAAAGAGGAGCAGGAUUUUAAGAGGUAG